GUGGCAUGGUCCAGUGAGGAUGUGGAUGUUGUGCGGUGCACGUGCUAGGGCCGGGGGCGUGCCGCGGCCGGCGUGCGUACUCCGAGCGCCGCAGAUAUGGAUUUAAGAUUAACGAGGCCACGUAAACGCGGCGUCGCGGGGGUCGGGGCGCGCGCCGUGUUUACAUGCGGGUGCAGGCGGCGGGUGCAGCGGGCGGGCGAUCGAUCGCUGGGCGGAGCGGGCGCGGGGCGGGCGCGGCGGGCGGCGGGGGGCGGGGCGAGCGCGCGCCGGCCGCCAGUCCGCCUCGGGGCCGCGUCCGCGCGGUCGUCGCCUGAUCCCGCGGUGCGGCGCGCCGGAGUGUCUCCGCGGGCGCCCGGCGGCGGCGGCGAGCCUCGCGCCGCCCGCCCCCGCGCCGAUGCCGCUGCCGGCCGGAGCCGCAGCGCCCCUCACCCUCCCCGCGCCCCCGCAGCCGGCCGGCGCCGCGCGCGCAGCCUGGCCUGUCGCGACCUAGCCGAGAAAGCCCCGCCGCCCGCGCACCCCGCACCACGCUUGCGCCCCGUAUUCCUGUGGGCACGGCAGCGAGACGGCACCGUGCAAGAGGUCCGCUGUGAAGACUACGAUCCGCGUAACCGUAUCCGUAUCGCGCGUACCCCGACCGGUUGGCGAGUUAUCCCGCGUACUAAAAUCUUUGACUCUAUCUUUGUGACAAGCGCUCCGGCGCAAGAACCUUCGGAGCCCAGUGCUCCCCAAGAGCGGCGCCGGCGCCGGCGCCCCGGCAGGCCGCGGCGGAGGCGCACGGACGCGGCAGCGCCCGCGCCCGCCUGGCUGGCCCCCGACCUGGAGUCUCACAUCCCGUCGCACACGAUCGCGGUGCCGCGCGUGCCGCCCGCGCCGCCCACUCCGCCCGCGCCGCCCGAGCCCACUCCACUCGACAACUUGCUCGCGGUGGCCGAGCUGGAGUUCAACCAGCAGCGCGGCGAGGAGGCGCUGGAGUUGGAACUACAGGCGGGAGCCGCGCAAUACCCCUUCCUGCCGGAGGCGGAAGAGGUAGCGCGCGACGUCAUGUCGUUCGAACUCGGUGAGCCGAAACCACCCGACGACAUGUUCUUCGAACAGCGCAAGCCGCCUGAACGUACUCCCGAAGAAGAAGCUUUCCACAAUGACAUGGGAGUGCACAAAGACCUAUUUGAAACUAUUAGUGAAGCACAUUACCUGCCCGAGCUAGGCGGGCCUCACGACGAGGCUCUACUCGAGUCACUCGUAGAGAAGGGUUGUGAAGAUAAUCAAAUACUCGGGCAGGCGCUGGACAAGCUGGCGCACCUCGUGCACGGCUCUGGUGACUACGCGGAGGAGGAGGACGACAUGUUGCUCGGUGGCGCGCCAGUUGCCGACAUCAUCGACCGGCUCGAGCAGUCGCUGGAGUCGCCGAGCCGCAGCAGCAUGACGGCUGCGCAGGGCCUCCUCCACCUGCACCACAUAGGCGACCACCUGCCGCCCCCCGACCAGCAACAGGCUAUCGAACAGUCUUAUAUGACGGACGAAGUUUUUGCGCCCGCCGAGCCUUCAACAGAAUGUACGCUUGAAACAUUAUCUGCAGCGUCACAAAUGCAAAGCGCAAGUGAAGUUAACCAUUUAGAUUAUGAUCAAACCGCCGAGAAGAGGCUACAAGAUGAAGUCGACAAUGUCGAAGCAAUGUACACUGAACAAGUACCUGAAAUACCUGCAACUACUGAGGAACAAAUAAUGCAACCGUUACCGGAUCAAAGUGAAGAAACUUUGCCCUGUGAACUGCCGACACCAACACCGACUGAAGAAGAACCUACAGAAAAUACGACCACUAACAUUACUCUCAAAAUAGAAACUGAGGAUCCAGUGUGUGAUGAAGAUGGCAAUUUUACAAAUACUAUUAAAGAGGAAGAUACCAGCUUAGAUUUCAUGAAAGACCUGGACGAUCCGUCAAAUGCCGUGGAAUUGGUAGCUACUGAUUUGAGUGUCAAAAAUAUUAAAAAUAGUAAAAAGUCUAACCGCGUAGUGGCUAGCGUUGCUGAAACCACAAAUACCACGGAAGAGAGCCUAUCGGAGAAGGGCGACGAUCAGCCUAAAGAUCUGAGUGUGCAACGAAGACUGCCCACUCCGCAUGCGUCACCGAGGAGGAUAGACAUACCGCGAGCGCCGUCCAGAGAGUCGGAUGCAAUGCAGUCGCCUCAGCCGAGCGGCAUCCCUGCCGUGCCGUCUUCACCAGAGAUAUUCACGAUGCCACAGUCGAAGAGCAAACAAUCACUGUUCUUAGAAACAUUGCUGUCAUCACCGUCGCCUAAAAUGUACACGUCUGAAGUGACCAUUACAAAACAACAAUGCGAACCGUUAAACCUGGGCAAACAUCGGAAGUCAGCCAGUCCAACGGUAACCAGCUGUUCAGACGAGAUGAGAAAGUUAAACAAAGAGUUUGGUGAACCCCAAGAGAAGAAAGGUAGACGAGAAUCUACAGAUGAUACAGUUAAAAUUAGUAAAGUAUACAACAAAUGCGAUCGGGAUGACCAUUCAGCUGAAAGUCAGACGAAAAUAUCGAAGAAAGCUGACAAGGAAGACAAGCUCUCUGCGAAAUAUAUUGAGAAGAUGAGUAAACUGAGCCCGAUCGAACAACUGCAUAGCCUAAGGUCUAACGCCUCAAUACCCGAUGCGUUACUAAUUCCUAAAAACAAGCUAAAUAGAAUUUUCGCCGCACCUGCUAUCGAAAUUCCUCAGUUGCUAAUCAAUUGUCCAGAGUUAGUGAUACCGCAAGCGUUCGCAUAUCCUCAACUUUUACAAGAUCCCGAUAUAAUCAUGUUGACACUGAAACAAAUAGAGGACACGAUAUUAAAUAGUAAGCAACCCGAGUCACCGCUAAAGGAGCCAAAGGCGCCAACUCCAAAGAGUGCGAUAAGUACAUCGAGUAAUGAUAACAUGACGACUACGAGUCAGCCCGAACAUGGCAACACUAAUCCUCAGCCCAAGCCGAUACCGUCGUUAGCCGGCGACAUCGACGCGGCGACCUUCAACCAAAUGUUAUGGUUACCUUACUUUAACCAGCUGGAGGCAAUGACUGCGUGUUCGCAAAAUAUGGAUUUCUUAAAAGCUCUCAAUUCAUGUAGCUAUGGCGCAGGGCAAAGUUACCCGGAGUUAUCGCAAAUAUUUAACCCGAAUUCUCGUUUUGCGGGACCAACAGGUUUCCCUGUGAUGCCUCCGAUGGACUACGAAAAUCGAAUUCAAUAUGCCAUGUGGCAAGAGGCGAUGAACCAUUCAAAUCAGCAACAAGCAAGACAAAGCCAGGCCAAAGUAAACGAGUGUCAGGUUAAAGACGUGUCGAAGUCAAUGGAUGUGCAAAAUCCAUACGUACACUCGACAAAGAGUCAUCAUCAGAAUAAAUCACACAGCAGUAUGUCCUCACGCUCUAGUCCCAUGGCCAACUACACCGCCAGCCAGCGCGCCGCCAUGCAACAUAACUCAUUCCUGCAGAGCUUGUACCCAGGAAUGAACCCUAACAUGAGGCCGAACAUGCCGCUGCCCGGCCUCCAAAUCCCAUACUUCAACCCUAACUUGAUGGGCAGUCAGCGCUCGCCUAGAAGCGGGGGACAAAAGAGCCCUACGUCGCCGUACUUUCCGAACAACAAUUAUCUACAAUCUAUGAAACAUUCCGAGGCCCAGCCUCACCAGAGAAGUAGUUCGACUAGCUCGCAAGAGUCUCCGCGGCCGCGGAUCAGUGUGAAAUCGUUACAAAACUUGUUGGAGCCGAGUGCUGCGGCGUCGGCAUCGUCGUCGUCGCGGCGGGGCCACAACCCGGCGGCGUCGAUGAGCCGGCGCCGCGAGGAGCCCGAGGUGGGCAGCACCACGCCGCUGGGCGAGCCGCCGCACCUGCCGCCGCACCCGCACGACCCGGCCUCCUACCACUUGUGGCAUCCGCUGUUCGGCAAGUCUGCAUGAAUGUACAGAGUAAUGAUAUCCAAAAGGGCUACAGCCCCUGGAAUGGCCCUUGGACGACGCCGACGGUGACGGCGACUGGCGACUGACCGAGGUACCCGCGCGGGCCGCCUGGACCCGCGCACCCGCGCUGAGCACGCACGGGGAGGGGGAGUGGGGGAGUGGAGGACUUUGAGGACUUGUGAGGAAUAGUGGCCAGGGGGGAAGCACCUAAAGACACUUACUCGCGCCCUCAGAGUCAGUUAAUGGUUACUUAACCCAGUCCUUAGCUCUUAUUUUCCAUACAAAAUGGUUACUAAGGAAUAGUUUAAGUAAGCAUUAAAUGACUCUGAGUGUGGCAGUUAGUUGUAAAGUUUGACGACCUAAUUCACCGCUAACAUACAUGUUUAAGUAAAUGACUCGUUUAGUUGUAUUAUAUAUGACUAUAUGGAUGUUUAACGGACUAAUGCGUGUAGUGGGUAUAUAUGUAAAGUUCUUUAUGUAUACUGAUUCGGAUCUUUACAUUGUUCAGUGCAAUUUUCUCUAUCUUGACUGCAAGUUUGAUAUGCCAUGAGCAUAAAUAUGUAUCUAAGCAGUGAGUGAAAUUCAAGAGAGAUUUUCUAAUAAAUAUUGUGUGGAAACUCAAUUGAUUAAAGGUGUAAAAGACUAACAGAUAAAUAAUUUCAUUCAUGAUAUUACCAUUAGCAAAAAUAUUUUAAAUUGAAAUAGUACAGUUACAUAUUUUAUGCUUAUGGUACAAUCAAGCUUGCAUUAUAAACACAUCAUUAAAUAUGUUUCUAAUGUUAAAUCACAAACUGUAGUAAGAUGUAUAAUUUUUAUUGACAAUAUCUGGUAAAGGAGGAGGAAAAUUUUCUCUUGCCAUAUAAUUGCUAUCUACUUAGAAAAUCAGUUUUCACAUUUGAAAGAUGAUUUAAGACAGCACACAGUUUUAAAUACACUUGAGAGCAAAGAAACGGAAGCACUAGCGUCUUUUCUUUUUCAUUUCUUGAUAAAUAUUUUCUGAUACAAGUGUGAAAGGCAAUUUAAAUAACUUCAAAAUAAGUAUUUUGUUGUUUAAAGUUAUAAGAUAUUAUGUUUUAAAGUCUUAAGUCAUUUUAAAAUGAAAAAUACGCUCUUUUGUAGCUCUGUUUCUUUGCUCCGAAGUGUAUUAUUACCUAUACUAUGUUAUAUUAAGGAAUUCAUAUGAUGUUACUAUUUUAAUCAAGUUCGUCGUUCGUCGAUCGUUCAUCAAUGGUAACUUAACUAUGUUAUACAAAAAGCAUCUUAACACUUCUUCUAAUAAGAAUGUUUUUUGUAAAUCAAUAACUUACUCGUGACAAUUUAACGUAGCGUUAACAACAUUGACAUCUAAUCUUUAUUAAAUUUUUUUUUUUUUGUAAAAUCUUGGAAAUUAUAAGUUUUAUAAUAUAACACCAAUAUAUACGGUUUAACUGUGAAAUUGAUUUAACAAAACAUCAAGUUACUACGUAGGCCACGUUCUAAGAAAAAAUAUUAUUUUUUACAACUAAUCAAUCGAUUUGAGACGAUAGUAUAAGCUCUUAUUACUAAGGUAACAAGAGCUAUUUUCGUGAAUAACUCUUGCCAUUGACAAACGAUGGACUGUACGUUCGAUUGUUUUUUUUACAUCGAUAAAUGUUUUUCAUAACCGAAACAAAAUCCAUGACAGACCGUAACAAAUGCAAUUUCACAUGUUUUUUCUUACUCAGACAAAGUAAUAUAUUCGUGUUUAAAUAUUUUAACAGAUGAUAAGUACUGAGAGAUAAUGCAUCUUCUAUUUUCCUUUACUCAGUAUACAGACAGUAUGGAAAUGACGAAUUCUGUAAAUAAAUUUACCAUUUUAAUCCUAAAAUAGUUCUUAAAAAUUACCAAUGUUUUGCUGGACAUUAGUGCUUAAUUCCUAGCACUAAAGUUUAUUUUCGUGUGACAUCUCAUCUGUAUAGCGAAAACAUGAUUGCAUUCGGUAUAAGACAGUAUUUAUUAAAGACACGACAAUGUCGCCAUUAAGUUUUUCUUUCUCUUAGAUCAUCUAGCGUUACAUUUUAGAUAUAAAUUCUCCCACAGCCACGUGGCCACAGCCAGACGGUAGAGAACUUUAUGUAAGUGAAUUUAAGGUGCAAUUUAAUAUGAGACCCCCAGAGCCCGAAUGGUGAACGAAUUGAUCCGUCCGAUGUUGUGAAACCCCCGUGUCGUCGCUCGCUGCGGUAGUCCCGUACCGUGGACUGUUUCUUUCAGCCACGAUAGUUCCCGACACAUCGCCCGCUUCUCUGUACAUCGACACUUUACUUACUUAAUUGUUAUCACACAGGUACAUAAAGCCGUCGAUGUACACACAAGCAGACGAUCUGUCGCGCACACUGUCGCGGCAACAUAGCCUGUGAACUGAUCUGUAUAGUAAAACUUCUUAUGAUGCCAAUGGAACGGUUAGCUCGUUCCGAUCGUGUAUAAAGCUUUAAUUUUUAGUAUUAUUAUGAUAAACCGUCGACUUUUCUGAGGCAUUUUGUGAAAUAUUAUAAAUUUAAAUUCGAAGUACAUAUUUAAUUUAUACGUGUAGAGUCGUAUUCGUAAUUGGAGUGGGUACGUCUGCGUAAAUUGGUUCAGUGACGUGGCGGUGACGUUGAUGUCGUUUGGGUGUCCGCGGCAGGGCCGGGCUCCGGGCUCCGUGCUCGAGCGAAGCCAAUUACAGCUGAAAAAUUAAAUCUUACGUCCUUUAAACCUGCAUCACUAUUAAUGGACUCCUGAACGUAAAAGAUAGUACUAUUUGCAGCUAUAGAGGUACAACAUGUGCUAACUUUUAUUAAAUUACAUAGAAAUUAGAAUUACCUGUAUCUACCACGUGACACGAUGUGACGAAUUACCUUCAAUCAGACAGCCGCGUACACCUAAUUGCCAUCUAUUACAUAAGUACACCUAUUUAUUAUUUUGUCAAAUGCAGAUAAGUUCACAAUAUCUAUGUGUGUUCACUGGAACGGAAUUGCAAACCCACCUCUUAAGAGCAUCUACAAUUUACACGAAUAUAAACCGUGUGUAGUAAGUUUUAAAGUAUAAUUUAAUGUUGAAUACUCGCAAACGAUCUCUGAAAAUGUUAAAAUAAAAUCCGCCAUUUUAAUCCGCCUGCGUUGUCCAGUGCGAGUUUCCCCCGUAACAGCCACAUGUCUGCACGGUGAGUGCUUCAUCAAAUUAAGAGCUACACAUGUAGAGAUGUAGCUACAGGACCGGCGGCUACCAUGACAACCGUUUAAACCCGUUAAAGUCGGGCGCAGGGCGCAGGGCGCGGGCUGCUCACUCAUACAGCCAGCCAACGCACAUCUCCCUGACAUCUGAUCACAAUCGAUUACACACGCCUGCUCAUCCACUCAUUUAUUUACGUAAUAACGUUUCCUACUCCUUCCACGUCGUGGGUAUACGAAUAAGUACAUAUCUACAGUCGACACUCGUCUAGAUAUCUGUAUAUGAGUACAGUAAAUUGUGGAUGCUCAACCGACCAUAUCCGUAUAUUAUAAGAUGGUGCGCCAAUGGGUACAGCUACAGAGUACGUGCGUAGUGCAUAAUACUUUAUUGUUUAGUUGUGAUAUGUAACAACACGCGCCGGGGUGCGGCGCUAGUUCCAAAUAAGUGCAAUCCGAUCGGACUGUAUGUAUAUCGUAGUUAGACAAGUUAAGCGGAGGUACGAUGCAUUUAAUUUAUGUGUAGGGGCCGUGCACGCCGAAUUUGUUAUUUAAAUCGAUGCUUAAUAUUACGCCGGUGCAACGCACGAGCACCGAGCUUACGUGCGCAUUUACGAUGCAAGUACACAUUGUAUCUGAUCUCAAUAUUCUAGAAUACAACGCCAUCUAUCGGCUGUAAAGUUAAACUGUCGAUUGUAAGUAACAAUUCGGCGUGCAUUCGCUUCAUUUAUUAUUAGACAGAACAUCACGGUGACUACUGGUAGCGUGGCCAGCUGACAGGCUAGUAGUAGUCGACAUGGCGUCGAUAUCUGGUUAAAAUGAGAGUAGGCAAAAUACAUAGUCCCAGCAACGAGAUGUGUAGAGGAGAUUAUUUUGUUGGCUGAUAGCAAACAAUGGAAGGCAUGUAAUUUGUCAAAUAUCGCUAUUGUAGAAUAACAUUUACAUUUUACCUUCAUGGUAGUAGGCAGUGCUGUAUCAUGUUUAAAUUAUAAUUCAAUGUUUAUUAGUAACUAGUAAUGCAAAUGGUUUCACAUAAUUUAAGUUUAGGCGGCCGCAAUGUAACUCGGAUAAUUUUACUGCGGACAAAGUACAUAUAAUGUAAUUGCAUCAACUUGUUGCACGUGAACCACAAGUUAGUCAGUGUCACAUUUACCAGUCGUAGCUGUUAACUAUUCAGUGUUCGUUUGUGUCGAUCAGUGUGAGUUUUGCUUCGAGAAUUUCAAUAAAAUAAAAGAUAAAUAUUUCCGAAUAAUAAUAAUUAUAAUAUAAAUAUCUAGUGUCAAGGAAUUAUUCUCAUUUUAGCCAGUGUAAGUCUGUGUUAGCGUCGUAAAUAUUCAUGUCGAUUCGUGUUCUUAUGACUUAUAUUAUAAUAGCUAUAGUAGUUACACUAAUGUAUGGAAUAUCCUUACUGUUCUCUCACUCUGACCAUUGAUAUUUGUUACUAUCUCGCUCUCAUGAAUGACUCUGUAAAAAUAUUGUAAUGGUCUAUUUACAUGAAUUUCAAAUAAUUAAGAUCUAUAGUAAGCCCUGUAACAUUGUACCUAACUAAUAUGUGUAAGAUUAAGGAAUUAAUGCUAGCAGUACGCGAUACAUCGGUUUAUUUGUUACAAGUAUUUUGUGUAUAACUCACUGUGCAAUGUAUGUUUAGUAACUCAUUACGUUUGAUUGGAAAAAAUGUUAUUAAUUAAGUGAAUUUAUUGACCGAUUAAACAGUAUUCGUCCUCAAAAAGUUAUAAGAACACAAACUCGAUAUUAGAAAUUAUAAAAUAAUAACUUUUUAUUAUUAUAAAAAAAAAAUCUAUUUAUUUCGUUAUUUUUUAAGUUUUCGAUGAUUUUAAUUGUUCUCGUUACUUUCCUUGGGAAUCUUUAUCAAUUUGUAGUAAUUAGUAAGUACAGUUCUCGCGCAGUGUGUACAACGGGGAUCGAGUGGCGACGUCUAUUUGUAAGACAAUUAUGAAUUGAUAUCAAACUACUUUUCUAAUGUACAAUUCCAUUUUUUCUAUUCCGGUGUCAUUAGAUAACGUAUGCCCGUUUGUCGCAGUCGCAGGCGACAGUCGUGUCGUGUCGCGUCGCGUCGCGUCGCCGUCGGCUCUAUCCCCGUUAGGAGACGAAUCGUUGGUUAUUCUUGUUCGUGACAACUCACUAUUCCAAAAGUUUCCUGAUGUAAUUUAUUGACUUGAAUAAUGAAAUUACGCUUCUAAAGUGUAUUACGUAUGUAAAUAUAGGACAAACUAAUACCUAUUAUUGAUAGUGAAUGUUGUAAUUUGUAUAUAAGUAACGAAAAUUAAAUUUUAAAUACAUAGAUAA